AACCCCAGUGAGCAUUUCUAACCUAGGUCCUCCAGCUGAAGUCUUCUGCCCCCAAGAUUUCUGAAGUCUUGUGCCACGGGUGGGCACAGUUUAACCAGGCCAGGAGACACUACCUGGUGGCAAUGUAUAAAUGCCAUUUGGUAUAAUAUUUUUGAGAAGAAAAUGCUGUGGGAAAAAACACUUUCUUCUUGUCGUUCAGGGCUUGAUAAAGGGCACUCAGGGUGUUGCAAAACCUAUCCUUGUCCAUCAUUUCACUAAGAAAACCUAACAAUACUUAAAGUUGAGAUCUAUCAGCUGUGUUUGGACGCCUGCAAGGAGCACCUGGAUCUGAAACUUUAGAAGCAGGUGUCGCUUGUUGAAUACUCACUGGCUCAAAAAAACCCAACCCCAAACCAAAAAACCACUAAACCAAGAAAGAAGGAAAAGCAGGGAGCAGAGACAGGAAAGAAAGAAGAAAUUAAUCAGUCCGCUCAACUAUACAAAGUUCAGGAGCAGGGAAAUGAAGUUUCACAAAGGAGAUUAACAAAUAUGCAGGGUCAGGUUUCCUAAAACCCAACAUCUGUACCAGAUCUCUUCAGCAUGAACGUGGGUUUCUCCACCAGGAAUUUAGCUGACGUGCAGGCUCGAUCUGCAGGAUGAAAUGACACUGUGCUGGGGCUGACUCGAGCUGAUGCACUGCUUCCCUCCUCGGUUUGGCAGAGCCUAUGUGGAAUUGCAGCACCAGGGAUUACGGCCAGGGAGCGGAGAAAAGUGAAGCUUCGGCUCAAUGGUGCUGCGAGAGUCCCGGUAAAUGUCCAUCUGUCCGGUGCGGGUGAUGCAGAGGACGUUUUUCACAAGGAGCCUUUGAACUCCGUAGACACAUAGGCACCCAUUCACGGGCAGGCACACGCACACACACGCGAGGAGGAGGAGGAGGAAGAAGAAGAAAAAGAAGAAGCAACAACUUUUCGAUUGCUGCUUUUAAAAGGGAGAAGCCCUUCCCUGGCCGGGACUUGCCUUCUGCCUCCCAAACCGGCUGCUAAAAGUAUGUUUCUGGGGCGGACUGCACUUCAGGGAACUUCUGGUUUCUGCUCGGCAGCUGUAGAGGAGCAGCAGCGAAGUUCGGAGUAACACCAAGUGAUGCGGGAAAAACACCCCGAGAGCAGAAAACCCUCCUGCAGACACAACCCCUGCUGCUGCACACAGGUCCACGAUGGGUGCCGCGACCCGCUCCCUCCUGGCGCUGCUGCUCUGCCGGGUGCUGCUGGGCGGCGCGGCCGGCCUCAUGCCUCCCGGGGGCCGGCGGCGCCUCGGCGAGCCCGGCCGCGCCGCCCCGGCCGCGCAGCGCCCCGAGGAGCUCCUGGGCGAGUUCGAGCUGCGCCUGCUCCACAUGUUCGGGCUGAAGCGGCGGCCCAGCCCCGGCAAGGACGUCGUCAUCCCGCCCUACAUGCUGGACCUCUACCGCCUGCACGCUGGCCAGCGGCUGGGGCAGCCGCCGGCGCUGGGCUACCCGCUGGAGAGGGCCGCCAGCCGCGCCAACACCGUGCGCAGCUUCCACCACGAAGAAGUUUUGGAAGAACUGCCAGAAACGAGUGGGAAAACAGCACGGCGUUUCUUCUUUAAUUUAACUUCCAUCCCUAAUGAGGAGUCUAUCACCUCAGCUGAACUCCAGAUUUUUCGGAAACAGGUGCACGGAGCUUUUGAGAACAACAGCAGCUACCAUCACCGUAUUAAUAUUUAUGAAAUUAUAAAGCCAGCCACAGCCACCUCUAAGGACCCUGUCACAAGACUUUUGGACACCAGGUUGGUGCAUCAUAAUGCAAGUAAAUGGGAAAGUUUUGAUGUAACGCCAGCUGUUUUGAGGUGGAUUGCACAUGGACAACCUAAUCAUGGGUUUGUGGUAGAGGUGGUUCACUUGGACAAAGAGAACAGUGCCUCCAAGAGGCACGUUAGGAUUAGCAGGUCUUUACAUCAGGAUGAAGAUAGCUGGUCUCAGCUCAGGCCAUUAUUAGUAACGUUUGGGCAUGAUGGCAAGGGACACCCGCUUCAUAAAAGAGAAAAGCGUCAAGUGAAACACAAACAGCGUAAACGCCACAAAUACAGUUGCAAAAGGCAUCCGUUAUAUGUGGACUUCAAUGAUGUGGGGUGGAAUGACUGGAUUGUUGCCCCGCCGGGGUAUAGUGCCUUUUACUGCCACGGGGAAUGUCCUUUUCCACUGGCAGACCAUCUAAACUCAACAAACCAUGCCAUUGUUCAGACUUUGGUCAAUUCAGUGAAUUCCAAAAUCCCCAAGGCUUGCUGUGUGCCGACAGAACUGAGUGCUAUUUCAAUGCUCUACCUUGAUGAGAACGAAAAAGUUGUAUUAAAGAACUAUCAAGAUAUGGUUGUGGAGGGUUGUGGGUGCCGCUAACACAGCAAAUAUAUUAGACAAAUACAAAAAGAAAAAAAAAAAAAAGCUGACACUUUAAUAUUUCCCAAUGAAGACUUUAUUUAUGUAAUGAAAUGGAAAGAAAAAAAAAACACAACUAUUUUGAAAAUAUAUUUAUGUCUACGAAAAAGUUGGGAAAACAAAUAUUUUAAUCAGAGAAAUAUUCCUUUAAAGAUUUUAAAUGUAUUUUAGUUGUACAUUUUAUAUGGGUUUAACCCCAGCACAUGAAGUAUAAUGGUCAGAUUCUUAUUUUGUAUUUAUUUACUAUUAUAACCACUUUUUAGAAGAAUAGCUAAUUUGUAUUUAUAUGUAAUCAAAAAGAAAAAAAUAUAGGGUUUGUACAUAAUUUUCCAAAAUUGUAGCUGUUUCAAUUGUGUGUAUUUAAGUUGAAAAGAAUACAUGGAAGGUUACUAUGGCAAAGUGCAUAGCACAUUUGCUUUCUGCUGUGCUACUGUUAAGGUCACAAGUUCAAGUCCAGAAAAAAGUGGAUAAUCCACUCUGCUGACUUUCAAGAUUAUUAUAUUGUACAAUUCUCAGGAAUGCUGCAGGGUGGGCUGUCCAAUCCAUGAGAACUGGCAUCCUCUUUAGGUGGAACAUUUGGAUAAGAACCAGACGUUGCUGAUCUAGUAUAAAUACUGCUAUUCCCAACUAAUUUGCAGAGGGAAUAUAAGAAGGGCCAAUAGAAGUCCUAGGGGAGGUGGGGGUGGGGGAAGACUGAGUCCUUUCUAGACCUACAGAAAAGUGAAUGUUUGAUGUUUCCUUUAAAAGUCCUUCCUUCAAAAGUCCUGGCCAAAUAUAAAAUAAUAAAAACUAAAAUGUCAUCUUUUUUUUUGUGAUUAUGUAUGCUAAAGAGGAAUAAUUAUCGUAUUUGUUCUGGCCCUUGUCUUUAACAGUUGAAAAAGCGUUGCAUACUUCCUCACCUCAGAUGAGAGCUCACUUCUGUGGAGUGUAAUAGUGAAAUUAAUCUUCAAUUUUUGCCCUUCAUACAACAGGUUGUUGUCAUAUGCAGCUUCCUAUCAAACCUCAGCUGAUGGUUUUGCUGUUGUGCAGAUUAGCUUGUCUAAAGCUUUUUUUUUUUUUUUCCCAAAAAUGUUUAAAUCUACUUCAGAUAAUAAAUCACAGAACUCUGCUA